AUGUAUGCAUUUUAUUCAUGGCCAAAUGUUGUUCUUUCUGCUAUGGGUGGCUUCUUAAUUGAUCGUGUACUAGGUUUAUCCUAUGGGGGAAUUGUUUUUUCGACAGCUAUCUUUGCCGGGCAAUUGCUUUUAGCUUUGGGUGCUUAUCUUAAGCAAUUGCCAUUGAUGUACUUUGCCCGUUUUGUCUUUGGAAUUGGAGGAGAGUCCCUUCAAGUUGUUCAGAACACUUAUUGCUCUAAUUGGUUCGCUGAAAAUCAGUUGAAUUUCGUUUUCGGCAUCCAGCUUUCAGUAGCUCGCCUUGGAUCCACGGUUAAUAUGAACACAAUGCAUAAACUAUAUGACUGGGUUGGUAAUGCGUUUGGAAUUAGCAAGCAUCAACAGCUUGGUAUUUCCCUUCUUAUUGCUUCGGCCACUUGCUUCCUCUCCCUUUUAAAAGAAUAUAUCUUUCUCCAGCAAAGUUUGCCUGAAACUAUCAGCGAUUCCUCUUCAUUCGUUUCUUCUACUCAAGCAAUACCAUCUGAAAGCCCAACGAUUAAAUUCUCAGAUAUACUUCACUUCCCCAUUUCAUUUUGGGCAGUUUGCAUUAUUUGCGUACUUUACUAUGCAACUGUCUUUCCUUUUAUCGGUAUUGCAUUGCUCUUAUUUGUGCGUGAGUAUGGCAUGUCUCUUGAAAGUGCUGAAUUUACAAACAGUCUGGUAUAUAUUAUAUCGGCGUUUGCCAGUCCAGUGUUUGGAGUUGCAAUUGAUCUAAUUGGCUGCAGCCUCUUCUGGGUUACGGCCGGAGUUUUAUUCACGUUUUUAUCUCACGCUCUCUUCGUAUUCUCAUUUAGUAUACCUCCUAUGCUUAAUAUGAUAAUUCUUGGCCUGUCAUAUUCCAUAUUGGCCAGCAGUUUGUGGCCAAUAAUUGGAUUUAUUUUGCCAAAGCAUCAAAGGGGCACUGGUUAUGGAUUGAUUCAGUCAAUUCAGAAUCUUGGACUUGCGUUAAUGUCGAUAUUCAUAGGUUUAUUAGUGGAUACAAAGGGCAUCCUUGGUUCCAUCUACAACUUUCUUGCGGCCUAUCUAUCAAAGAUAUAUUGUCCUGUAGUAGGAACCAUCAUUGCUACCUAG